UAUUAAUAUCAAUUGUACUACCUACAUUCAAUUAAUUUAAACAAAAAUUCAGUGUCACAAGAUGCAAAAAGGCCUCAUAUAAAUACAUUCAUAAUACAUACAUCAUGUGGUGAAAAAGUUAAGAGAAAAGUUGAAACACUCAUGGAUCCAAAUGAUAAUAGCUCUUGUGAAUCUUCUUUUUGUAAAGAUGAAAAAGUGGAAGCAAUGAAUCUUCUUGAGGAGUGUUGGUUCUUUGAGAACUUGUUGAAUAUAAAGCCAAAGAUGUUGAGGUCUCACUCUGAUCCUUACCCUUCAACUAGGCUUAUAGACUCAGAUUUUUUGGUCAAGGACAAAAGUGCUUUUGCUCAACCUAAGAAGAUUCAAAGAACACCAUCUAUGCCACCAAUUAGAGUGAACAAAGAAGAAGAAGAUGAUGAUAAAAUAGGAAGCAAAUUGGUGCAUCAACCAUUGGAUCCUAGUAAACAACAUCAUUGUGCAAAGAUGAAAGGACUUCAUCAUAGAAGUGAAUGUAAUAGAAGGAAAAGCAAAUUGUUGAGAACACCUUCUUUGCCUCCAUCAUUAGGGAGAGAGGAAAAGACUCCAGAAACUUAUCCUAGAAAUGGAAGAUCCAAAAAACAACCUUCAACACCUUCCAAUAUUGAGAAGUUGCCACCAAGGUUAACCUCUAAGAGUUGUAGCAUACCAAGAUGUAGACCAUCCAAAAACAUUGAAGUAGAAAGCUUAAACAAAGAGGGUAUUAUGGAAAUGAGGAGAAAGGUUCUAAAUCAAAAAACAAUAAGGAGAAGCUUAAGUGAUCUUGAGUAUGAAGAAGUUCAAGGGUUCAAAGAUUUAGGAUUUUCAUUUGAGAAAGAAGCAUUAAGUCCAAGUUUAGCUAACAUAAUUCCUGGUUUGCAAGAGAAAAAUAGAGAUGAAAGUGAGGAAGAUAAAGCAGCAAGAGGACCUUAUUUAUCAGAGGCAUGGUUAGUGCAAAGUUGUGCAACUCCUCCUGUUCCAAAUUGGAGGGAUAAUAUGUCUGCAGAUGAUAUGAAAAAGCAUAUCAAGUUUUGGGCUAGAGCUGUGGCUUCAACUAAAUGUUGAAUAUGUAUGAUCAUAAUUCAUAAAUGAAACUUCACAUAUCAAUUCUUUGUAGCAAUUGCUUAAGAACAUCCAAAAUAAUAAUGAUAGUAAUCAUCAUUUUUUAUAUUUA